UUUUUAAAUCUAACUUUCUUUUAUUAUGAUAUAAUUAUUUUUAAUUUGUAAAUUAUAUUUUUAUUUAAAUAUAUGCAAAUUUUAAAUAUGUUUGAUAUGCUUAUGCGUAUUAUCUUAAGACUGAAACUCAACAAUGGAAAAAAUGUUUUUAAAAUUUAGAAUUUCAAUUUAAAAAAAAAUCAAUAAAAAAUAAUUUUAUCAUUUGCAUAUUUGUCAUAAGUUUUUUUUUAUGAAACUCAAAUAAAUUAAUUAUUUAGUUGUUAAAUAAAUUUAAUCAAUUUUCAAUGAAGACGCUUAAAAAACAGAGUAAAAAUAUGUGAAGAAAGAGUAAAGUUCAGGUCUAACUAACAAUUUGCAGAAAAUCAGUUAAAUAUACUGUUUUCAUCAACAUUAUUAAAGUCACACAGUUGCACAGCACAUGCAUGCGAGCUAAUUAGCUUGAGAAGGAGGUGCUUUUAAAUAAAAAUUUAAAAAUAUAAUUCCAACUGUUUUUUAAAUUAUAACAUUAAUGAUAAUAAUAAUAAAUAAAUAAAUAAAUAAUAAAUGAAUAUUAACAAUAAUAAUAGCAAAUAAUAAUAAUAAUGAUAAGAUAGCAAAAAAAUUGAUGAUAUAGCAUCAUCAGACUAAUUGAUUCUCGUGAGAUGACAAGAAAAAUCAUCACAUCAACAAUAACAUUAAUAACAACAAAUAUAAUAAUAAUAAUAAAUUAAUAAUAAUAAUAAGUUACCAUCUUCAACGUCAUCAAAAUGGUCCUAAAUAGAUACUUCAAGCCUAGAAAAUUACUCUUAAGCUUUCUAUUCAUAAUCGGGUUAUUAAUGCUCUUCGAACUCUGGAAGCUAAACUACUGGCCGCUAGAUGGCGCGUUAAGAACGACGGCCAUGACGUCACUGAAUAAUAAUAAUAAUAAUAUGAACAAUAUUAAUAAUAAUAAUUUUUAUGGAAUUAUGAAGAAGAAAUGGGAUGAAGAUGAUGGCAUGACAGCUGGUGAUAAUAAAUUCAUUGGUAGUGGUAGUACUAGUUACAAUAAUAAUAACAACAAUAAUAACAAUAAUUAUAAUAACAACAUCAACAAUAAUAAUAAUAAAGAAGUAGAUGAUAACAGAGUGGUGACAAGUUAUAUUCACCGUGAUGGUGGCAUUGUUAUUAAUAAUAAUAAUAAUACUAAUAACAAAAACAUUAAUAAGAAGAAUAACAAUAAUAGCGUUAAUAACAUUGAUAAUGUCAUCGAAAAUAAUAAUAACAAUAAUGAUAAUGAUAAUAAUAAUGAUGAUAUCAAUAAGAAGAAAAGAAUCAAGGAGGAUACUAAAGCAAUGAUCAGCAGCAACAACAUCAACAACAACACUAAUAGUAAUAAAAACAACAAUAAUAAUAAGAAUAAUAAUAAUAACAACGACGAUGACGACGACGUUGAGUUUGUUGGUAAAAAGGUGAAGAAGAAGAUGGGAAAGAAAUCUUUUUCUAAAAUCAA